AUGGCUGCGAUAAAGUGCAUCCUGGCUCUCCUGGCCUUGUUUGCGGUCACAGCCUGGACUGAGGCGGGGGUUGUGAGGAAAGCAAGUGGAGAUAAUAAUGAUGAAGAUGAGGGAGACCUGACUGGCACAGAGCAACUGGAGAAAGUCAACAACAACCUCAGCCAUAAUCAAGAUGGUAUGAUGAUAAAGUGUGACAUUGCCGCGUCUCGCCGUCGCACGACGAGGAACCUCAAACGGUGCAUCAUGCCUGGUCCUAGGUGGCCUAAAUCUACAGACGGCAAUGUUUAUAUUCCCUAUGCCAUCGCUAACCACUACUCUUCUCAGGAGCUGGAUGUCAUCAAAAGAGGCAUCAACUCCUUCUCUUACUCCACCUGCAUUCACUUCAUCCCCCGCACCAACCAGAGGGACUACCUCUACAUCCAGUCUCUGGAUGGAUGCUACUCCUGUAUAGGUCUCCAGGGCAACGGUCAGACAGUGUCUCUGAGCCGUCGGGGCUGCAUUUAUUAUGGAACGGUCCAGCAUGAGCUGCUCCACGCCCUGGGCUUCACCCAUGAGCAGUGUCGCUCCGACAGGGACCUGCACAUCCAGGUCCUGUUACAGAAUGUCAUCAAAGGUGAGGAAUACAACUUUAACAAGAUCGACACUCUGAACCAGGGGACUCCAUACGACUACGACUCUGUGAUGCACUACGGCAGGCUGGCUUUCUCCAAAGACAACUACAAUCCCACCAUGGUGGCUGUUCCAGACCCCAACGCUGUGUUUGGUACGGCCAGACAGAUGAGCCAGAACGACAUCAACCGCAUCAACCUGCUGUACUGCAGAAACUAGUCCUCCAGUCCAGAACAUGUAACCCUUACUUCUGUAGGAGGAGAUGUCUGUUUAGAGUGUUCAACAGCAUACCAACACACUGGGAUGAAUCAUUUAAGAAAAUUAUACUGAUAAUUAUGUAUUUGGUUUGGUCCAUCUGUUGACCCAACUCAAAAGGCGAAGGAUUUUCACUUUGCUCAAAGGAAGUGGGAAUCAC